GGACUCGUAUUUUUCUCAGCAUGAAGAGGAUGGAUAGACUGAGAGCAAAGAGGAACCACCAACCUGUCAUGUCAGAGUGUUUAAUGACAUCUAAAGUAGCAGGAGGGGCGGGGAAGGUUAAAGCCUAAGACACUUAAACUCCAGCGAGAUCAGCUCUUCAACUGUCUGUCCGGACAUCACAUCUCAGCUGUCGGGGAAACUAUGGAGCUCGAAAAACUCAGAAAUUUGAGGGGGAAAUGCAUGCUGAGGCGUGACAUCAUAAGAGAGUUUCUGGCGGAAUUACUGGGGACAUUCGUAUUAAUACUGUUCGGUUGUGGUUCAGUGGCCCAAACGGUCCUCAGCAGAGGCAAACUUGGAGAACCUCUCACCAUCCACUUUGGGUUUACUCUAGGGGUGAUGCUGGCUGUGUACAUGGCAGGAGGCGUGUCAGGUGGACAUGUGAACCCAGCUGUUUCUCUGGCCAUGGUUGUUGUUGGGAAACUCCCAAUAAAGAAAUUUCCGGUCUAUGUGGCAGCUCAGUUUCUUGGUGCCUUUGCCGGGUCUUGUGCUGUCUACUGUCUGUACUAUGGUGCCUUUACAAAUUUUGAUAAUGGACAGCUGCUUGUAACUGGUGAAAAUGCCACAGCAAAAAUCUUUGCUUCAUAUCCAGGUGAACAUCUCUCAUUGUUAAAUGGAUUUAUUGAUCAGGUGAUCGGCACAGGUGCCCUGGUCCUCUGUAUUUUAGCCAUAGUAGAUAAGAAGAAUAUCGGGGCACCUAAAGGCAUGGAGCCUCUGGUUAUUGGUCUGAGCAUCCUGGCUAUCGGAGUGUCAAUGGCGCUGAACUGCGGCUAUCCGAUCAACCCUGCCAGAGACUUGGGACCACGGCUCUUCACUGCUCUAGCAGGAUGGGGAUUAGAUGUGUUCAGUGCUGGAGGAGGCUGGUGGUGGGUUCCAGUGGUCGGACCGAUGGUGGGAGGUGUGGUUGGGGCAGUGAUCUACUUCCUGAUGAUUGAGCUGCACCAUCCUGUGCCUGAGACGAACCUUGAAGACAACAACAGCGUCAAAGAUAAAUAUGAAUUAAACACCGUCAACUAAAAAGAGAGGAAAAGUAUAGUAUCUUUUCCUUCACCAUAGACCUCAAGCAAGAAGCUCCAUUUUCUUCUCCGUCUUUACCUCUAGAUCUCUUUUCUAAAUCUUUUGCCAAGUAUGUUCAUUAAACCAAGCAGCUAUGAAAGAGUCAGCAAGUGUUAAUUAGACAUAAUUCUAGCUAUUUUUCAUGUUUUUAACAGAAGUAGAACUAUAGAGAAUGUUUAAAGAGCACCAUUUAUUUCAUCAACAUGGAGCAAACAGAAACAUUCAGGUAUUUUCUUCACUAUCAACAAAUGUCACACCACUGCCAGUAAAACAUUGCAGGUGCUAAUAGAUCCUCCAUAUUAAUUACUCUGAACUGUAUUUAGAGAUAAUCAUGAUUUCCGACUGGUUUCUCUGGUUUCCUUUUUUCAUAAGACGCAGUCGAUGCAGUUUGUUCACACUCAGCGAGAGAGAGUUGAACUACUUGGUCCAAUCUGUCUUCUUCUCACAUUAACUUUCACAGACAUCUGACAAUAUAUCUUGCUAUAAGCAGAUACAUGUUUUUCUCUCACCAAAACGAAGGAAGAUACUUUACUGUCCACUCUGUUUACUCAAAGUUGAAUAGUCCUCAUUGUCUGUAAACAGGACGAAUCAGAACAACAUAUAAACUAAGUGCAUGCAUAACUGCUGAUAAAAUAACAUGCAUGAGGUAACAGGAUGAAUGUUGCAGUGCAUGCUAAAAAUAAACCAGUGAUGAACUAUUAAAUAUAAGCUUAAGAAGAUAUAAAUGUGUAUUUAUGCUAGUCUGUCAAAUGUAGAAGAAAAUAAAUUUAGGAAGAAAUGAAAGGAGCAGUAUUGCGCAUAAUACCACAUUUAGACAUGUUCACAUUUCAGGCAAUGCUUAAUGUGAUCUUUUUAAUGCAUCAGUCGCAGCUUUAGGAGAUAUUUCAUAGCUAUUGUUUAUGGGGAAAAUGUUUCAUAUAUGUGUUUUUUUUUUUUUUCUCUUUUAAAAAUGAUUUUAGUAAUUUAUUUCUUGGCACUUGAAUUAAUAGCAGUUGUUUGUACAAUUCAAAGAGAUCAUAUUAUAUAUAUUUUUCAUCUUUUUAUUGUUAUUUCAGUUUCAGAUUAUUAUUUUUUUUACUUUUUACUCUCUCAUACAUGAAAAUUUUAAGAUUAAUUUACUUACAUUCAAAACGUUGAAGACAGUACUGUCAUUCUGCUAAUGUAAACCUGACAUAAAAUAAACAUACUGUUAUGCAUAA